CUAACAACUGCGCUUAAAUCCCUUUUAAAUAUAUGUUAAUCUUCCUGAUUAAUUGGUGUUUUAUGCGAGGCAGUACAUAAUAGGGUUAGACCGACCCAGAGCAAUAGAUAGUAUAACUGCAAGUUGCCGGUGUGAGCUUUCUUGAGAUGAAGAAGUUGAUGAUGUUGUUUAAAGCCGCUGCUCCUUCGAAAGCCCUAGUCAUCAGAAUCAACCUGGUUUUAUUGGCCGGUUUCUUGAUCGUCUACGCCGCCCUCCUUCUCCGGCCAUCUUCUUCCCUUUACCAUGAAAAUGCAGCUUCCUUCCUUUCUUGCUCUCUGCGCGAGUGCCAUCAUCAUAAGGGGGAUGGAGGGAUGAUAAAGAUGAAGGCGAUGUUGGAGGAGGAGGCGCGAGGGGGGAAGGAAUCGAGGUUGGAGAAGAAGAUGGUGAAGAGGGAGAGGCCGAGUUUCAUGAGGGAAAUGGGGAGGGGGAUGAAGAUAGCGAUGGUGAACAUGAAGGACGAGGAUGUCGGGGAGUGGGAGAUCAACGGCGGGCAAGCGAUCCACGUCAAUUUCGAGAAAGCGUCGGAGCUUUUCGAGUGGAAAGACCUGUUCCCGGAGUGGAUCGACGAGGAGGAGGAGAUGGACGGGACGUUUUGCCCGGAGAUACCAAUGCCGGAGCUCGGGGGGUACCCGUACGUGGACUUGGUGGUGGCGAAGCUGCCAUGCAAUUAUUCGGAGGCGGGCGUGGCGGAUGGGAGGGAUGUGUUCAGGCUUCAAUUGCAUUUGAUUGCGGCGAAUUUGGCGGUGAAGAGAGGGAAGAGAGAUUGGCACCGGCGGACGAAGGUGGUGGUGCUGAGCGAGUGUAGGCCGAUGGUGGAGCUUUUCCGGUGCGAUGAUUUGAAGGAGAGGGACGGAGAUUGGUGGUAUUUUGAAGUGGAUAUGCCCAAAUUGGAACACAAAGUUUCUUUGCCGGUUGGUUCCUGCAAUUUGGCUUUGCCCCUUUGGGGAAAAGGUAUAGAUGAAGUUUAUGAUGUUUCCAAGCUUGAGGAAAGCACAACAGUAUCAAAACGAGAAGCUUAUGUGACUGUUCUUCAUUCAACCGACGCCUAUGUCUGCGGUGCGAUAACUCUGGCCCAGAGCCUCCUCCGGACCGGAACCAAACGCGACCUUAUCCUCCUCCUGGACAAGAGUAUAUCCCCCAACAAACGCCAAGCUCUCAUCAAUGCCGGCUGGAAGCUCCGAUUCAUCAAACGGAUCCGAAACCCUAAGGCCGAGAAAGGCACCUACAACGAAUACAAUUACAGCAAGUUCCGGCUAUGGCAGCUCACGGAGUAUGACAAAAUCAUAUUCAUCGACGCCGACAUCAUCGUCCAGCGCAACAUCGACAUCCUCUUCCAUUUCCCCCAAAUGUCGGCCUCCGGCAACGACGGCUCCAUCUUCAACUCCGGCGUGAUGGUCAUCGAGCCUUCCAAUUGCACUUUCCGCAUGUUUAUGCAGCGCCGGAAGGAGAUCGUCUCCUACAACGGCGGCGACCAGGGUUUCCUAAACGAGGUUUUCGUCUGGUGGCAUAGGCUGCCGAGGAGAGUAAAUUUCCUGAAGAAUUUCUGGUCCAAUUCCUCCGUCGAAGCCGGCGUGAAGAACCAGCUAUUCGGGUCGGAUCCUCCCCAGCUUUACGCCAUACAUUACCUAGGGUUAAAGCCGUGGCUCUGUUACAGGGACUACGAUUGCAAUUGGGACAUUGAAGAUCAGCGCGUUUACGCCAGUGACGUGGCGCAUCGGACGUGGUGGAGACUUCAUGACUCCAUGGAUGAAAGCUUGCAGAAAUUUUGCGGAUUAUCGGAGCAGAGGAAGAUUGAGUUGGAGUGGGACAGGAAUAAGGCUAGGAAAACGGGGUUAAAAGAUGAGCAUUUAAACAUCAAUGUUACUGAUCCUAGAAAGUUUAAUUGAUGCGUCGUGUCUACAGUACAGUUUUCUGCCAUUUUUUUUACCCCCUUGAGCUUCUUGUUUCUGAUGAUGAUGAUUCAUAUUUUUUUACAUAGAAUUUUAUGCAUGCACAUAUAAUAUGGUUUUA